AUGACCAACGUCAUAACCUACCUGAACUUUUCUCAGUCUACGAUAGGUAUGAAUCACGUAGUUUAUCAAUUAGAAGUUUUAGAGCUUUAAACUCCCGGAAAUGACGUAGUUGAGCUAGCAGUAUGUGCACGCAGCCAAUGUUACCCCUGUAGCAGCGUCCCGUUAUCUUGGUCCUAUUGAAGGAUCCAGUGUGUUGUCUUUCGAGUUAUUUAUUAUUUAUUUGCAUACAACUUCAGAUUUGCUUCACAAUUACGAAUAAUUUACAUUUCACGAUAUUAAUCCUUUCAUUCUCUUGAAAUAUCCAGAAGUACACUGACGGUGACAAGCGUGAUUCGGUUGGCACUGUCUUUUCUUCACGGAAGAAUUGAUGUAAGAAAUCACAGUAAGUUUCUAAAAGAAUUAUGCUUCGCGGCUUUUUUAAGUCCCGCUUAGUUUCGUUUUAUUCGAAUUUUCACAAAAACCAAUCACAUGUCCGUCUCAUUCUUUCGAAAUCCGUACAUACAUCAAUGAGACUUCAUUCAACAUCUCACGUAUAAAAUGGCGACGACUACCACUUGUUACAAAUACGUAUUAUAUUAUAAUUCUAUUGUAAAAUAGUUGGAAAUUUUAAUGUUUAUAAUAUUUUAUACAUGCUAUUAUUUUUAUAUUUAAAAUAUUAUUCAUUGUGAAAAUCAUUUCCAAGUAGUAAAAUGAAUGCAAUUGUUCUGAUUUCCGAUGUAAAUUAUGGCGCCGAAUUUGAAAUUACAAUAUAAAUGUACUAGUUUAAAUUUCAUUCUCAGAAGUUAUUUUGCAAUUUUUCUUUUAUAUAUCGUAAAAAUUUUAUUUAAAUUUUAUCAUUUCUAUUUAUUUUACAGGUAAGUUAUGUUUCGUAUCCCCAAAGCAACAAUGCCUGUGACUAUUGUAGCCACAAAAAAGCAGAAACAAAUGCAAACAUGCUUAUAUUCAUCUUAUGAAUGCUCACAACCUUGCCUUGAAGGAUUUAAUUAUUGUGCUAAACAUAUCCUCGAAGAUCCAAAUGCACCUUAUAAGCAAUGUGGCUUUGUAUAUAAUACUAAUGGCAGAAAAUGUCAAAAUCCUGCACCAAUAUUGGACAGAAGAGAUAUUUCAUAUUGCAUUGAACAUACUAGAAAAGCCCAAAUAGCACGCAUAAAAUCAACAGCAAGACAUUCUUUACCACAGACACCUGAAAUGCUUUUACUUAAUUUAAGUCAUUAUGUUAAGAAAACAGAUUCAAGUACUGAAGAAACUGAAGAUGAAGAAGGAAAAGUUAAAGCAUUAGAUCCUUUCACUGAAGUUGAUGCAUACAAAGUAAAUGCAAGUGGAUGUGAUAUUCUGGAUUAUGCAAGUUCCUCUGAUAGUGACAUUGAACCUACAACAGUAACUGAUACUUUAAGAGGAAGUUAUCUCGAUGAUAGUGAUAAUGAAAGUUUAUACAGUGCACAAGAAGAUCCUCUAAAGCAUGCUGGAAUUUUUACUGCUGAGGAAGUGAUCUACAUUGCACGGGAGAAACUAAUUAGACUGCAAUCACUUUACAUAGAUCAGUAUAGAAGACUGCAAUACAUAUUAAGAGAAAAAAGACGAAAGUAUUUACAUGCACUUAAAAAAGAAAAGGAAACAUUGUGUAGUAUACACGACCAACCAAAGGAAACUGUAAAAGAAAAAAAGAUUUAUGAAAAAUUAAAAGCUUUAAAUCGUUAUCAUAGAAGAAGCGGAAUUGAAGCUAUAUUGUAUAGAAAAUCUUUAGAACGCAGAGCACAGGCAACUGAAGGACCUGCACAAAAAAUACCAAGUAUAUCAAAAUGUAUCUUUACAGAAGGUGGAGUAAAAUGUGGAGAGAGAACUCUUCCUGCUGCAAAGCAUUGUCGCAAACAUAUUCUUAAAGAUCAACAUCAAGUUUUAUUUAAAGCAUGUGGAGCAGUUCGAGCAGAUAUAGAGUGUCACGAACCAGUACCUGUAAUUUUUGAUACAAAUUGCGUAUUUCAUAUGAAUUUACCAUCUGAAUGUAAAUUAGAAACUAUGAAAUUUAAGGAAUCAAAAUCUGAAGCACGGGAAAUAUCAGCAACAGACAGUCACUCUAUGGAAAUUGAUGUAGUAGGAGAACUUCAAGAAAUUGAUCCAGAUGAUGAUAUGGCAGGAUUAAUGAGAGAGAUGAGUGAUGCAGCACACAUGAAACCAGUAUUCAAUGAAAGUUUAAAUAGUGAAGCUAGCACAGAUACAGCUUUUAGUUUAUCAGCACAAAUGAGUGAUAGAGAUGAUCUUGUUUCUGUGUGACAAGUUAUUUUUCUAUGACUUCAAAUAACAUAGAAUAUUAAUGAUUAUUAUUAUAUAAUUGUAUACUAAUUUUAUUUAUGGACUUUAUUUCACUGAACUUGUAUAUUAAGUUAAGUGCCUAAACAUUAAAAACAAACAUCCACAUUGUAUGGCAACAAAUAUAUUGAUAUAAUUUAUAGUUUUAUGUAUUUGUGUAUAUAGUUACCAAGUAUCAUCUUCAUUUGUAAAUAUAUAAUUCCUAUUUUUUCAUUGUAAAAUUUUAAAAAUUAAAAAAAAGUGCACCUUCUUAAUGAUCAUUUCGUUUCACUCUUUAUAUUAUGCUAUUUUUUCAAUGAAUUAUUAUUUAAAUAUUACUUUUAUUAAUGUUGUAUUUCACUUGAUAUUAAACUUAAUUUAAGAAAAUAAAAUAUUUGUAUUAUAAAUAAAGGAUUAA